CCUACUCACAAGCCCGGAAGCGGAAGUGUUGGCAGCCUCGGGCAGCUUCCUUGUCAUGUGAUAGUGAAGGGUUUGUUGGUCCGAGCAAGCAAGCCCCGAGCGGACAUGGGCUGUUGCUACAGUGGGGAGACGGACAACGGCAAGGCGGACCAGGGUGAAAAUGAACGCCUGCUGCCAGCACAGAACCCACCUGACAAGACACCAAAUGGAUCGGAACCCAACUCUACAAGUAACCCAGCUCGAACAGAUGAGCAAGCCAUGCUGUCGCGCAUCCUGGCAAAGACCGCACAGAACAUCAUCGAUGUGUCUGCAGUCGAGUCACAGGGAAUGGAACAGCACGAAUGUAUGGAUAGAGCGAGACAGUACAGCACACGACUAGCAAAAUUAAGCAACAAUCUAACGCACUGGAAGAAGUUGCCACCUCUGCCCUCACUAACUUCUCAGCCUCACCAAAUACUUGCCAGCGACCCCGUUCCCUAUGGUGACAUACAACAGGUUUCCAAGAUAGCUGCUUACGCCUUCAGUGCACUUUCACAGAUACGAGUGGAUGCCAAGGAGGAUCUCGUUGUACAGUUUGGGAUUCCAUAAUCCCUUUGCACUUACUGCACUUCUCUCUCCACUUUUUCAGAAUUUACUUUAUUCUUUUUUUUUUUAAACCUUUACCUUGAAUGUCCCCCUUUUAAGUAUGUCAGUGUUCUUAUUUUUUCCCCUCUGUACCUCACGACACCUCAUCAGUAUCGCACACUGAUACCCUCUCCACAGCUGCUUACUUGUACAGAUCUGACGUUUUUCUUUCUGAUCAGCCCUUAAUAUACUGCAGUUAGUUUCCUGUUAUUAACCAAUGAUAGUUUGCUUGAGAGUUGCUGUAACUCAUUUUCUGAUUGAGAAAUUGUUAGCUCUCGAUUCUUUCUAGAGGGCUGAGUUUGUAAUUAUUCUGUAGACAGAUUGCAGCAUAAAUAACUAAACAUUAAUAUUCACUUUUAGCAACGGUAAGCAAUCUCUUCAUCUGGCGACCCUAAAAACUCAGGAAGUUAAGGGAUUAUAGCAAAACUGAUAAAUGUUAGCGAUUAACCACACAUAGUAAUUAUUUCUCACUACCAUCCCAAGCUGCACAUUUAUUUUAAUAAUAUUUAAUGUUAAAGGUUGUAAAUGAAACAUGAAUAUUCCCUUUGAAUGCUGCAUCUGUAUCCCAGUCAAACAGCACAACUAACCACUUCCUGUAUAGUUUGGAUUUAAAUGGGUUUUGUUGAUUUACGAAGCUUAAGACAAUAAGGCACUUUGUGUGUUGUGGACUCUCUUAAAUAGACCAACAUUUCAUCUCUACAAGCUGUUUUACUACCCAAUUUUCUGGAAAACUUUUGCAAGAAUGAAAUUUUGGUCAAUUUAGAUGUUUAAAGUGCCUGACAUUUGGACAGUUUACAAGAUAAUACUUGUGGAAUAACCACACUGCUAACUAUAUCACAAUGUUAAUCCAUUUAAGGAUCUUGAAGUGAAAAGUAGGAAUGAAAGGUUGUUUUCUUUCUUUUUAUAUAAAUAUCACAAACAUUGAUGGUAAAUAAAUGUAAAAUUCUUAUUCAUUUGGAAUUGUGGUAACACCUUUUUUUGUUUUGUUUAUGUUUAACUCUUAUUUCUUUACACAGAUUAAAUUUAUUCCUCCAUA